UUGGUCCCAAAAGACCGAAUCAAAGGGUUGAGACUUUGAGAGAAGCCAACCUACACUUCUUCUUACUUACAAAGAGGAUAAUAACUUUUUUGACGAAUACAAAGAGGAUAAUAAUAAUAACAAUAUAAAAUCAAUAAAGCGGUUUUCGUUUAUUAUUCAAUAUUACAAAAAAUAAUUUUAUUUUUAAAAAAUAGUAUUUUUUUUUUUUUUGCAGCGUCAGCCGUGGCAGCACACAUCUCCGUGAAUCUAGUCAAAAAAAUGGAACACAGUGACAAUCAGUUAAGCUCUUUCUUCCACCACCACAACCACCACCAACAAGGAAAUUCCACCACCGCUACAACCACCGCAAUUCCGACGAACGGACUUUUAUCGAACACAGAUGGGUCCCACAUACUGUAUCCUCAUUCAGUGGCUUCUUCUGCUGUAUCGUCUCAGCUUGAACCAGCUAAGAGAAAGAGAGGAAGACCUAGAAAAUAUGGAACACCUGAACAAGCCCUAGCUGCUAAAAAAGCUUCUACGUCGUCGUUUUCCCCUACUCCACCUUCCGAUAACAACAACAAUAGCAACAAGAACACCACUCACUCUUUCUCUACCUCUCCUUCUUUCUCUUCUAAGAAAUCUCAUUCUCUCUCUCUAGGCAAUGCAGGACAAGGUUUCAGUGCACAUGUCAUUGCUGUUGCUGCUGGUGAGGAUGUUGGUCAGAAAAUUAUGCAAUUUAUGCAACAAAAUAGGGGUGAGGUAUGCAUUCUAUCUGCAUCCGGUUCCAUCUCUAAUGCCUCUCUUCGUCAACCAGCAUCUUCAGGAGGCAACAUUACAUAUGAGGGUCGGUUUGAUAUUAUUUCGCUUACCGGUUCCUAUGUGCGUAAUGAAACUGGAGGGCGAAAUGGUGGUCUCAGUGUAUGCUUGUCUAAUUCUGAUGGACAAAUCAUAGGUGGUGGUGUUGGCGGGCCCCUUAAAGCUGCCAGUCCAGUUCAGGUCAUUGUUGGUACAUUUCUUAUCGACAACAAGAAGGAUACUAGUGCUGGUGGAAAAGGUGAUACCUCUGCCGGUAAGUUGCCAUCACCAGUUGGAGAAUCACCAUCGAAUUUAGGUUACCGCCAAACAGUUGACAGUUCCAGUGGGAAUCCAAUGCGGGGAAAUGAUGAACAUCAAGCUAUGGGGGGAAGUCAUUUCAUGAUUCAACAGCUUGGUUUGCACGUGACACCUCCCAGGUCCACAGACUGGGGGAGUCAUCCUGAUUCAAGGCAUGCUGGUUAUGACCUCUCAGGAAGAACAGGUCAUGGGUCACACCAGUCUCCUGAGAAUGGAGGCUAUGACCAAAUUCCUGAUUGAGAAUUUGAGAUGGCUCUUGGGCUUGAAUAACACUCAUGUGUGGUUAACAGUUGUAUGAUAUCACUACAUACCAGCAGUCUUUGUCACGUGAUGCCGUUUAUAGUAUGCGCUGCCAACCAUUAAGGUCGUGGCUUCUGACUUCUGAGAAUUUAUACUCAUGUCUGUCCUUGAAAAUAUUGUUUUGCCUCAUUUACUCUUAAUGUAUUUAAAAGUUAGGAUUGCUGGCUAAUACCUCUUCAUUUUUGUGGGUCUGUUAGUUAAUCUAUACCAUAAUAAAUAAGGUAUAUUUACAUAAAUAUGCUUCCUAGGUUAGCUUGUGGGCUAUAUUUUCCUUCAA